AUGAGCAAAAGCAUUUCAUCUGCAGGUGCUGCUGCUGCCAGUGGUAGUAGUGGCCUGGGUGGAAUUCCUACAAACUCGGUGGCAUCACCACAAUCAACAACAACAGCAGUGGCAACAACAACAUCAACGACCACAAUUACCUCAGAUCCGGGCAUUUUAUGCUUCCAUCAUUGCAAUGUGAAAGUUUUCUGUUUUACAUUGCCGCACAUUUGUCCACAAUGUAAAACGGCAUUGGACACACAUCCCAACGGUGGUGGUGGUCUUACAAACAAACGACCCAAGUCCAAGAAAAGAACUCCAGCUACAAAUAAUGUCCAAAUGGCAGCCACUAAAGGACAUUAUGCCCACAGUCAUGGUGAUGUUAAUAAUGACAAUAAUCGUGAUAAUGAUGAUGAUCAAUGGCAUAAUGGCAAUGACCAACAACAUCAGGCCACAAUGGAUCAGGACUCAGAUGACGAUGGCGACGACGACGAUGAGAAUUCAAAUGAUUCAGUUUGUCACAUCAUGGACAGUCGCCUCUUGCCAUUCCGUUUACCUUAUCCAUUUGUGCGGGCCAAUCAAUAUCCUUGUGCUAUAGUUUUACGUCCCACCACAGGUGAUUUUCUCAAUGAUUAUAAUAAUACCACGGAUUUGCAUAUUGCUGUGACAACAUCGACCGGUUGUGUCGUGGAAUUUGAUCGGCAUGGCUUACGACGUCAUCGUACAGCCAAUAUGUCAGAUUGGUGGCAAUGUCUAUUGGUGGGUGAUGUUCCAGAGCCCUGGUACGAUUAUUGGGAUCAGGUUUUAUUUGAG